AUGUCGCUGCCCUAUCCUUACUAUUUGGCAAAUCAGGAACAAAUUCGAUCCUGUAUGACAGCUAUGGCUACACCUAGCAGCUCUGGUCUCAACAACAACUUUUCCAUUGAGAAUAUUCUUUCUGCACGUUUAUCAUUUCCAUUACCACAUCUAUCCAUGACUCCUGAUAUGUUUCAUCCGGCCGGUCAUUGGCCCAUUGCUGCAUAUCCAUUCCUUCAUCAUGGGCUUGUGCCAACCCCGAUCAUGACAUCGUUCCUGCCCUCGUUCCAUUUUGGUGGCAAACGGAAACGAAGGCAUCGAACCAUUUUUAGUGAAGAACAAUUACAGGUAUUAGAAGCAACUUUCACCGAAACUCAUUAUCCAGACGUCUCCCUACGCGAAAAAUUAGCCAUACAAUGUGAUCUGAAAGAAGAACGGGUAGAGGUUUGGUUCAAAAAUCGUCGCGCAAAAGAACGUAAGCAAAAACGAGAGACGGGCAAAGAGGGUGCGACGAAAAUCGCAGCGUCAGACGAGAGCGACUGCGAUUUAAGCGAUGAAGACGACGCAUCGUCGCGACCGUCGAAGCGGGCAAAAAUCGAGCCGCCAGAAGCGCCCGAGUCGCGAACGUCGCCGCCACCUCCACCGCCACCUCCGCUGCCAAAGAAGGCAUCCACUCCUCAAUAG